AUGCACAGCUGUUCCCUACAUAAGUUGGCCCAGAAUGUGUCGCCUGAUAACAGCAAAACACUCAAUUACAGAUUGAGCCACGAAAAACUAUCACAACUUAGUGAACUCAGACUCAAGUCGCUCUACGAUAAGAAACCAGACUAUGCAGCCAUCAGCACCCAGCCUUGGAAGAGCCUGCCCAAGUACUUCAAGAAUGUUCUUAUAUCGUCUUUGGCUUUGGUGAAGAUGAGCAUGCAUGCUAAGCUGGGAGGAUCGAUCGAGAUCAUGGGAAUGCUUACUGGAAAGGUCAUUGGCACCUCCAUCAUCGUCAUGGACGUCUAUUCGUUACCUGUUGAGGGAACUGAAACCAGAGUUAAUGCCCAGAAUGAAGCUUACGAGUACAUGGUUCAGUACCUUGAUCUUAUGAAUUCGGCGGGCCGAGAAGAACACAUUGUUGGCUGGUACCAUUCACAUCCUGGGUACGGAUGCUGGCUCAGUGGAAUUGAUGUGGCUACACAGAGUCUUAAUCAGAACUUCCAGGAUCCGUACUUGGCCAUUGUGGUGGAUCCUGUUCAACUGUCGAACCAGGGAAAGAUAGAAAUUGGUGCUUUCAGGACGUUGCCUAUGGAAUAUGAAACAAGGGAAGAGUCUAAAGGUAAGAACGUCAAUAUCAGGUCCAAGGAAAAGAUGAAGGAUUUUGGUAUUCAUGCUGAUCAGUACUACGCUCUAGAUAUUGAGUUGUUCAAGAGUAAGAACGACGAAGAGUGUAUCAAUAUGAUCUUGAACAAGUCCUGGGCUUCCAACCUUUUCAACACUGAAAGCUCGAGUCUAGAGUACGAUAGAAGGUUAGUGAACCGUGUGGAGCAACUUCUAAGUGACCUUACAUUUGCUAGGGAACGAAAGGAGUCAACCACGAGAGAGUCGGUUAUGUUCAACGCACGUUUUGAAGACAUGGUUAAGCGGCCAUUACCAGGACAAGAUAUUCCACGAGCAGACCGUAUUAUUCGAGAGAUUUUCCUGACGAGGCCAGAUCAAGGUGAAAGCGACGAGGAAGUCGUAGGUGAGCAUGUUGAAGGUGACGUUGAAGACGAGGAUGACGAUGAUGAUGACGAUGAAGAUGAAGAAGACGACGAUGAUGGAGAUGAAGAGCAAACUUCUAAAGCUGCAAGCGAUGAUCAAGAAGAGACUGGCGUUGAAGACGAGGCUCUGCAGACGAUGGAUACCGAUGGGAACCAGUCGUUUGAAGAAGAAGGUGAACAGCUCGAGAUCGGGAACGCCAAGAAGCGGUUGCACAGCACUGAAGAUAGCCGAACGAGUCUUUUCAGGGAAAACGACAGGCAACAGCAGUCGAUGCGGAAACGAGUUGCUACAGGUGAUGCUGAUCUGAAGCUAAGCAACGAGUUGAAAGCCAAGACGCAAAAAGCACAUAAUAAGCUUCGUGAAGAGGAAAAGCACGUUGCAGGCGUUGGGCAUGCUGAGUUGUUACAGAUGCUUGUGAAGAGAGCACAGAGGAAGGUAUUUGGGUAG